AUGGCAAAACGAAAGCACGAAGGUGAAGGAGAUGCCACCCCCGUGAUUACUACUACUGCCGCCACCGCAACCACCACCUCAGAAGUAGAUACCGACACAAGUUUCGCAGCCUUCGGCCUAGACCCGCGCUUACUCCAGGGCAUAGCCAAGCAGAAUUUCUCGCACCCGACGUUGGUUCAGGCAAAGGCUAUUCCGUUGGCGUUGGAGGGGAAGGAUAUCCUUGCUAGGGCGAAGACGGGAUCUGGGAAGACGGCGGCAUACUUAUUGCCAGUUCUGCAGGCGAUUUUGAAGAGGAAGGAGACUUCCGAAGAAAGAUUUACAAGCGCAUUGAUACUCGUCCCGACAAAAGAGUUGGCGCAGCAGGUUCACAAAGUUAUCGAGUCUUUAGCGGCUUACUGCGGAAAACACAUUCGUUCAAUCAAUCUUGCGCAAAAUAUAUCUGAGAAAGUACAGCAAUCCCUCCUCUCUGAAAAGCAGGAUGUGGUCGUCUCAACCCCCUCCAGGGCACUCGUCCACAUCAACAUCUCCGAGUCCCUCACCUCACAGCUCACCCACCUCGUAAUCGACGAAGCCGACCUGGUGCUGUCAUACGGGUACGAAAAUGACCUCCAGGGCGUCUCAAAAGCGCUUCCGAAGGGUCUGCAAACCUUCCUCAUGAGUGCAACACUCACUACCGAAGUCGAAACUCUAAAGUCCCUCUUUUGUCGGAACCCCGCAAUCCUGCGACUAGAAGAAGACGUGGAUGCGGAAGGCGAGGGACUCACGCAAUACUGUGUUAAAUGCAGCGAAGACGAAAAAUUUCUUUUACUAUACGUAAUCUUCAAACUAAAACUCAUAAAGGGCAAAACCAUAAUCUUCGUUGGGGACAUAGACCGGAGCUACAGAGUCAAGCUCUUUUUAGAGCAAUUCGGAAUCCGCAGCUGUGUGCUGAACUCCGAACUACCCGUGAAUUCCCGUCUGCACAUUGUGGAAGAAUUUAACAAAAACGUCUACGAGAUAAUAAUAGCCAGCGACGAGAACGAACAAGCAGAACCAGAACCAACUCCCAAAUCCAAAAAGAAGAAAAACGCCAAGAACCGUAAGGACAAAGAGUACGGCAUCUCCCGAGGCCUCGAUUUCAAAAACCUUGCCUGCGUGCUGAACUUUGACCUUCCCACAACCUCAAAAUCAUACACCCACCGCAUCGGCCGCACUGCGCGUGCUCACAAGAACGGAAUUUCACUCUCCUUUGUAAUCCCUACCCACCUCUUCGGCAAGCACAAACCAACGACCCACCCGAUUUGUGCAAACAACGAAAAAACGCUCCAACGGAUUCGCAGAUCCCAGGCUAAACUUGGCAGGGAGAUAAAGCCAUACGUCUUCGACAUGGCGCAAGUCGACGCCUUCCGAUACAGAAUGGACGACGCAUUAAGGGCCGUGACCAAAAUUGCCGUGAGGGAGGCACGGAUGCGGGAGUUGCGGGUGGAAUUAGUGAAGAGUGAGCGAUUGAAGAGGCAUUUUGAAGAGAACCCGGAGGACUUGCUGGCACUUAGACACGAUGGGGAGAGCGGUCGGGUUAGGGUACAGGCGCACUUGCGGCAUGUGCCGGGGUAUCUGCUGCCGAAGGGGGGGAAGAGCGGGGUGCUUAAGCCGCAGGGGGGGGCAGCGGGGUAUGUGGGGUUGAGGAAGGUUAGGGAGAAUAGAAUUCGCAAGGCGAGGCAGAAGAAGACUGGGAGGCGGGAUGCGGGGACCGGGAGGGAUCCGGUUAAGAUGUAUAGGGGUGGGAAAAGGUAG